AAUCAAGCCACUCCAUGUAAGCAACAGCGGCUGGAGUUUAACCGAGGGACGUCUGUAAGCAGACGCUGGAGCAGGUGUGGGUUUCCUGGAGUCCCUGCUGGAUCAACUGAAAUCAGGCUGCUGAAGUUCACCUGCGGCUGAACGGGACACCUAAGGAGAUGAUUUAAGACACUGGAUUUUCAGUAUCGGCCAGCUUCUGAAUUUAUUUACACACAACGGUGGUUGUGGAUUCAACUUUAGCCCGGCUAUGAACGGCAGCUUCAUGAACCAGUCGGACUGCCCCGAGGUGCAGGUCCCCGUCUCCGUCUUCUUCACCAUCGGAGUGGUGAGCCUGGCGGAGAACAUCCUGGUGGUGGUGGCCGUCAUACAGAACAGGAACCUGCACUCGCCCAUGUACUGCUUCAUCUGCAGCCUGGCGGCCUUCAACACCAUCGCCAGUGCCACCAAGACCUGGGAGAACCUGAUGAUCGUUCUGGCGGAUGCAGGACACCUGGAGAAGAGAGGCCCUUCUGAGACCAAACUGGACGACGUGAUGGACUCCCUGCUCUGCAUGUCGUUUGUGGGCUCCAUCUUCAGCUUCCUGGCCAUCGCUACGGACCGAUACAUCACCAUCUUCCAUGCGUUGCGAUAUCACAACAUCAUGACGAUGCAGCGCGCGGGAGCCAUCUUGGCGGUGAUCUGGACCACGUGCGGGGUGCUGGCCGUGCUCAUGGUGAGGUUCUACGACUUCAAGUUCAUCAUCAUUUGCUUCACCGUCUUCUUCGUCAUCUCUUUGGCCACGAUCUGCUUCCUUUACGUGUACAUGUUCAUGCUGGCACGCAUCCACGCCAGGAGCAUUGCAGCGCUCCCCGCUGGCGGAGGGGGCAAGCGUCGGCGGCAACGCAGCUGGGCAAACAACAUCAGAGGGGCUUUGACUCUCACCAUCCUGUUUGGAGCGUUUGUGGUGUGCUGGGCACCGUUUUUCCUCCACCUCGUCAUCAUCAUGGUGUGUCCCACCAACCCGUACUGUGAGUGCUACAGAUCCCUGUUCCAGCUGCACAUGGUGCUGCUGAUAAGCCACGCCCUCAUAGACCCGGCCAUCUACGCCUUCCGCAGCGCCGAGCUGCGGCACACCUUCAGGAAGAUGCUGCUUUGUUGCAGCCGGAAGUUGUGCUCAUAGAAGAUAAUGCAUCUACACCAGGGGUAUUCAACUAGAUUCGGCCGGGGGCCACAUCUGCAAAAGGACUAUAUGGAGAGGGCCGCACAAUUUGAAAAUGUGGGGGUUUUCAAAAUGUAUUUUGCACUCAAAGACGAAGACUUAUGUAAAUAUAAUACAUUUGUAUUAUACAUUUGAAUAUAUCUAGUUUACA